AUGUUUCCUGUGUUACUACUAGCCUACGUUGUGGCUGUUAAAGUUUUCAAAAAAACCACCCCUAAUGGCAAGGUCACAGUCUACCUUGGAAAAAGAGACUUCAUUGAUCAUCUUGACUUCGUAGACCCUAUUGAUGGCGUCGUUGUGGUUGAAAAUGAUUAUCUUCAAGGACGCAGGGUUUAUGGCCAGGUCAUUACAACAUUCCGAUAUGGUCGUGAGGAAGAUGAAGUCAUGGGCGUCAAAUUCAGUAAGGAAAUGGUCAUCGCAAAGGAUCAAAUAAUACCGAUAAAGAAAGAAAAGCAAGAGACGACGCCAAUCCAAAACCGCUUGCUCAAAAAAUUAGGCCCUAACGCUUUCCCAUUUAACUUUGUCUUCCCACCCUCUUCGCCUAGCUCCGUCACACUCCAGCCCGGGGACGAUGAUCAGGGCAAGCCGCUCGGAGUUGAGUAUACUGUAAAAGUCUACGUGGGUGAAAACGAAGACGACAAAGGUCACAAACGUUCAUCGGUGGCUCUGGCUAUAAAAAAGCUCCAAUUCGCCCCAAUUUCGCGCGGCCGGAGACUUCCCAGCUCCCUGGUCUCCAAGGGCUUCACUUUCUCCAAUGGAAAACUCAACCUCGAAGUCACGCUUGACAGAGAAAUUUACUACCACGGUGAAAAAAUCGCGGCUAAUGUUAUCAUUACAAACAACUCACGGAAAGCCGUGAAGAAUAUCAAGUUAUUUGUUGUUCAACAUUGUGAAGUAACGAUGGUAAACACUCAGUUCUCUCGUCAUGUAGCGAGCUUGGAGACGCGCGAGGGUUGUCCGAUAACUCCUGGGGCUAACUUUACAAAACAAUUUUAUCUUGUGCCGUUGGCUAGCAGUAAUAAAGACCGUCGAGGAAUAGCUCUUGAUGGACAUCUUAAAGACGAUGACGUCAACUUAGCCUCUUCAACGAUGGCUGCUGAGGGAAAAUGUCCAGCAGAAUCGCUGGGUAUAAUAAUUUCAUACUCAAUCCGGGUAAAAUUAAACUGCGGUACUCUAGGUGGUGAAUUAGUAACUGACGUGCCGUUCAAGCUGAUGCACCCAGCGGCAGGAAAUGCUGAAAAAGAAAAAGAAAAUCUGAAGAAAAGCAAAAGCAUUGAUCGAGUCCGGUACGAAAAUUCUUGCUACGCAAAUGACGACGAUGACAACAUCGUCUUUGAAGAUUUCGCACGAUUACGUCUCAAUGAGCCUGAAUAA